CCGCAACAGCCAGUUGCACCUGGACCGCGUGCGAGCUACCUGGGUUGUUCCAGCGUUUCGCUUAAAGACCAUCGUACACAUAAAGCUUGGUCUACACCUUCGUGUCGAACGUGCGGAAUAUCCGGAACAGAAUGGCAGCAGCAGAUAAACCACACCCACCGCCGCAGCCAGCAUAUCACGCGACACCGGGUUCGAUACUGCACGCCGAUCGCGGCUUCUAUGAUGGCAUCAGUCGAGCAGAGCGUGUGCCCAUAUUCUCAUUCACUUUACCAGUCCGCUCUGGGCGGGCUUGGAAAGUCCCCAGUGGCCACAUCGUCCGCAUCAGCACACCAGAAGGUCCCCAAGUCGGUGACCUGAAUAUCUGGAACCUGGACAAUCCGCGUGAACGCUUUUGGGCGGCUAGGACAAGGCAACUGCAUGCAAGCCACGUUUCGACUUAUGACAGGCUCUGGUCAUGUCUGCCAUACCUUCGACCCAUGGUCACCAUCAUCGACGACUCGUUGAGCGACUAUGGUGUCGAUCGAUACGGCGGCCGAUGCCACGACCUCUUGGGUACGCGAUGCGAUCCUUACGUCAACACCAUGCUGACUGGCGAUUCGUACGACUUCCACUGCCAUUCGAACCUGACUAGGGCAGUGAUACCUUACGGCCUUACGGAGUUCGAUGUCCACGACGUCCUGAAUGUCUUCCAGGUGACGGGGCUCAACGCAGAUGGUAAGUAUUUUAUGGAAGCCUCACCGGCCAAGAAGGGAGACUACAUCGAGUUCUUUGCCGAGCAGUCCUUGCUCAUGGCAUUGUCGACCUGCCCGGGCGGCGAUCUCAGCACGUGGGGCUGGGGCGAAGGUGGUGCAGGCGAAGAGGGCGAGAAGAAAAGUAUGCUCGAUUGCUGCCGGCCACUGAAAGUCGACGUGUUCAGCCUCGCGGACCAGAGUGUUUUGGAGGGCUGGACGCGGAUCGAACCGCCUACGUAUCGUGGACGACACGGAAUGACGAUCCCAGAAGGCGAGAUCAGGGACACAAGUAAUGCGAGAUAACUCGCUGUUGUUGAGCCGUCUGUCUGAACAGGUAUACUGGUGUGUCACUUUUUGCAAAAAGCCCGCGCCUGACUGUAUCCUUCACCACCACUGACCUCUGCACUACUCGCACCAGAACUUCACGGCUUUUGCCGAAGUAGGCAAACCGCCCUCCGUCGUGAAGUUAUUGAAACACCAUCCGUACUUGGUGUCGCCCGAUCGACCCGGGAUAUCGUUCGCCUAUUCUCGUGUCAGCGUCAUAGCGCUCGUUCAAGGGCGCCGUCCAGGCACACCAACCCAAUCUGCGAAAGCGAUCUCAUUCCCACGACAGUCCGUGUCGGCGUACAGUGCUACUUUGCAGUGACCGUAGUUUAGUGGCGAGCCGUGGUAUGCCUCGUAGUCAUUGUGAGGAAGCCAUCUCCAGAAUGCCGAGCGCACGAGU